UAUAUCUGUCUCUGUUUGCCGCGUACGGAUCUCGCGACACGCGCGUGUGUGCCCUCGAGCAACGAGAGUGUUAUUAAAGUGUGAUGCGAUCAUGAUCGUGGAGGAUACAGUGAUCAGCAUCGAGAGAGAACCGAUGACGAUGGAAGCUAUUCUUCUGCGCGAUCAGAGGACUACGUCCCAUAGGAUGUUAAAUCGCGAGGAUCAAAGUGUUGCCAUGACGACGACGACGACAACGACGACGACGACGACGACGAUGACGACGACAAUGACGAAGAUGAAAACGACGAAGGAAUUCGCCAAGGAGGGAAACGAUCGACAGAUACCGCAUCUUCUCGAUGAUCCUUCUCGAAUUUGCCGCUCUACUUGUUGCGCUCGCGCCUGCUACCGGAAUUGUUGUCAUUGUUCCUCGUGCGGGAACGACGACGUUUCCGCGCAGAGACACUUCCGACGUGAUUCCGAUGUGUGCCGAGCGCGCGCCUCCUCUUCUUGCGACGACGAUCGGGGGGUACGAUCGAGACGAUGCUUGUUAUCCAUCACCACGACCACGUGGCUCAGGUUAAGCAGUCUUGUAGUCACCUUGCUCGUGGCCUCGGUAAACGGAGCUCCGACAAUGACUGUCAAUGCCAGACGACUGAGUUCACCACCAAAGUGGGUAAAUCCUUGUGGUCUCGCCGCCGAAGACUUCGAUGGUGAUCCCGACGUCGAACAAUUGCGGGACGUGCAACUACUAACGCAGGUCGUGGUACAGGCUAAAACCGCUCUGAUGCACGCACAACUCUUUCGAGACGAUUACAUCAAACGGACUUUUAAAGUUGACUUCGCCGAUUGGCACUUGCAGUGGAAGGACAAUCAUUACGAUUGGUUGCCUAGUAAGAAGGAUAUACCGAAGCAAUUGGGCGAACAAUUGCAGCAACAAUAUUUGGACAGUUUGGAGCUUGAUAGGUCGCUGCUUGAUGCGUACGAGUACAUGCAGAAAUACGCGGUUGGUCUCGAGCAAAUUGUAUGGGACCAAGAGGACAACGGUCUCGAGUUUCGCGAUCAGUUUAAGGAUACCGAAUUCAAGCUCCGAACGGUCCUAUGUGAGCUUCAGGUCGCGUUGAUGGAACGUGCUGUGACCUUACGACCCGACGUAACGAGGAACGCAAUGUCGACGGAGUACCGCUCGAUGUCGUCGUCCGCGACGUAUCGCGAUUUACGCGACUGGCUGAUCUUUCGGGACUACAUGAACGGUCUCGAAUACGUCGUGCAGGUGUUCGAGCAUUUACGUCGGGGCUUAGAAUCCUGAGGACGGCAAGGCGGAAGCCGAAGAAGGGCUACAAGGCGACGACUCGCCCAUUUUAGAAAAACGGAACGACCAGAUCUCGAAACGAUAUCAAUAUCUUCCUGAACUGAAACGCGUCGUUUAAUAGAAAACGCACCGUUUUCUUAGGGGAUAUCAACGAGGGACGUAGAAAUUUUUGUAACAGUGGGAGAACAACAGGAUCGAAAGAUUCGUUAAAAAGGAAGAAUCCGAGAGAGGGUUUAGAUCCAGCUUUCGUUUAGAUUCAUUUACAUUUCUCAGAUAAUCGAAUUCGAAAUGGAGUUUACGCGAACGAAUUCGGUCAUGCAACUUUGUUCUUUCGUAUAUAGAUUCGAAUUCGAUUUCGAGAUUGAUUUAAGAAUGAAUCUUCGGGACGCUCCCACGAGAAUGAUGUUUCGAAAUAUAGAAAUGGAGAGAAAGAAAGAAAGACGAAGACAAGAGUCGUACGUUAAUAGAGCCCAUCGGUUUUCGCCGCCGUAGUCCGUAAUUAUUAUUAAACGAAACGCGCCGAAAUGAGGAGAGAAAAAGGAUAGACAGAAAGAAAGAAAGAAAGAGAGAGAAAGAGAAGGAGAGAAAAGGAGAGGGAAGAAGAAAGAGAUUAUACAAAGGAAAUCGAGCGUGUCGAUUCUUCACGUCUAUCGCUUCUCUAACGGUGUGUCUACUCUAGAGAUUAUCUAAAAAAAAAAAAAAAGAAAAAGAGAAAAGUAAGUCUUUCGAGCUCGCACGCUCGCUCGUUCGUCGCCGUUUUAUCUUAUUUUAAUUUUUAUUUUAUCUCUGCUGUAUUUUUUUUCUUUUUAUUACUUUUAUUAUUAUUAUUAUUAUUAUUAUUAUUAUUAUUAUUAUUAUUAUUAUUAUUAUUAUUAUUAUUAUCAUUAUGAUUAUUAUUAUUAUUAUUAUUAUUAUUAUUACUAUUAUUAUUAUUAUUAUUAUUAUUAUUAUUAUGAUUAUUAUUAUUUUUAAUCUUCUUAAUUGAAGAAAUAUAUCCGUGAGAUCCUCGGAUCGUCCUAAGACUUUACUAGCGCGGAAAAAUGACUUCCGAUGAAGUUCCAUAAGCUUUCAAAGCUUCCAAGUCUUCUCGGAUCGAUCGAGACGAUGAGAAACAACAACAACGAUGAUUAAUUUAAAAAAAAAAAGAAAGAAAGGAUGGGCAGGAACCCGAUGUGUGUCCUUCGAAUCGAAGGAUUCGUUCAUGCUUUUUUCGUAGGAAAAAGUCGAAGGAACCGAGGAUCGUUCAAAUUCGAAUGCAUUUUCAAAUAAGUAUCGACGAUCUUUUUAUCGAUUUUAAACGCGAAUCGAAACGCGCACGUGCGAGUGCAAUUUUUCGAAGAUCCUGCGACACUCUAGAUACACGUUCUAUGAUCGUGUGUAAUGUUUUUUAUUUUCUUUAUUUUUUUUUUUUUAAAUCUUUCUAUUUUAAUAUCUUUUUCUAAUUUUUUUCUUUUUUAUUUUUUUCCUUCUUUUUUUUUUUUUAAAUCGAUGCGCAAAGAAAAAGAAUGAGAGGGAGAAAAUGAUAGGAGAUUAAUCGACCUUAAAAUGCCAAGUGCGAGAGGCAAAUGAACGCUAUGAUCGAGAUAAUGAUCGUUUCGAAGGAACUUUUGAACCAAACUCGCUUAUUUAUCCUUAUCAUUAUUAAUUAUUACAUUGUCUCUCGAUACGCGUUACGACUCCGCUCUCGCACUUGCACAAAUAUUCAUACACUCAACAUAUACCGUUCAUACGUACUUACAUACAUACAUAUACGUACAUACAUCAUACAUACAUACGUACAUAACAUACUUACACAUACUUAUAUACAUACACACGUACACGCAUGCACGCACACAUAUUCCAAUAAUCCUACAUAAUAAUAAUUUAUUAAUUAACAGUAACACUAUAUAUUAUUAUAUUCGUAUUUAUUCAGAUUAUUUAUUUUAUUUUUGUAAAGAUCUUAUACCUUUGUAUUUAAAGUGUCUAACUGAGCUUCGAAUUAUCCUAGGGUAUAAUAUUAAUACGUUUGAGAGAGAUGGUUAGACAGUGGGAGAAUUGUGAAAAAGUAUUACUCCAUAGAAGGGAAAGAGAAAACGAAAAUGAGAGAAAGAUGAAGAAAAACGAAUAUAUCUACAUAUAUUCGUCGAACGCGUUGUUUCAUGCCACGAGCGUGUGCCGCGAUCUUAAAUUCUCUCGUCACGUCGUAUAUUUUAUUCUUUUUUUAGGAUAUGACAAAUGAACUCUUAUCGAAGAGAAAGAUCCUUUCCUUUUCAUUGGAAUGAUCGAUCACGCUGAGUAUAUUAUUAUUAUUAUUAUUAUUAUUAUUAUUAUUAUUAUUAUUAUUAUUAUUAUUAUUAUUAUUAUUAUUAUUAUUAUUAUUAUUAUUAUUAUUAUUAUUACUUAUUACUUAUUACUUAUUACUUAUUACUUAUUAUUAUCAUUAUUAUUAUUAUCAUUAUUAUCAUCAUUAUUAUUAUUAUUAUUAUAGAUAUCGUCCAAACGAUUUUACUGAUUUAUCUUAUUUUUUUGUUUCUUUUUUUUUUAUUCUUUUAUAUAUAUGAACUUCUUUCUCGAAGGAAAUCGUUGUCUCUCUCCUGUUUUUUCUUUUCUUUUUGUUUUUUAUAAGUUUAUUCGGUCAAGAUCGACUCUGUUGAUGUUCACUUCUACGAUCGGAUCUAAAGAAACGUGAUCUUAUCGACGGACUCGGAAACUUCGCAAAUCUUUUAAUCCCCAUUUCCCACCAACGAGCGAUUUUAUUAUCUUUUACACGUAAUUUUUUCUAAGAUUUUUAACAUUUUAUCUUUAAACAUUCUUUUAUCGUUUCGAUCCGUAUCCGAGUUAAUUUGAAGAAAAACGUUCCUACGAUUCGAUCGUAGAGAAUACGAGAGAAAAGCCUUCGUCGUUCGAGAUUAAUGCUCUCGAUCAAAAAGUGUAUACCGUCGUAGAUCUUUUUAAUGUCCGUUAGGCGGCCCUUAAGCUUAUCAUAGAUCACACGUAAAGGGGACAGGAGAAUAGUGGAAGCAUAGAGAAUAGUCUAAGACAGAAAUGAUGAUUUCUGUCGUUGCUGUUAUCGAUCAAUCGUAUUGUGUGAUUUCCCGAGCGUGUACACGUAAAAAAAGGAUACCCAUAUUAUUCAAAUAAAAAAAAAAAGCGCACUUUCAUUGCCGUAUUAUCGUGUCUGUGAUAUGCAUCGAAUAGAGUUUCUUGUGCGAGCAACUCUUCAUCAUCUAAUCGAAUAUUUUCUUUAUUCUUCGAGGACAGGAUAUAUUGAGGAAAGGAGAGAGAGAGAGAGAGAGAGAGAGAGAGAGGGGGAGAGAAAAUUAACAUACAUACAUGGAUUUUGAUAAUUUAAUUAUUGAUCGAUCGAUGGAUUUUGCGAGAGUCACUUUUUUAUUUAAAUCUUUUAGACGUCUUGUUUUUUACCUUUCUUUUUUUUUUUCUUUAAAUAUAUUUAAUAUUUAAUUCAAUCGAAUAUUACUUUUGGCAGACAAGAAUACUUCGUCCUUCGAUAUUUCCGAAAUACGUGUUAAAACGUAGUAUAGAUUUCAAUAUUCGAAAAAAAUCGUUCGCGUUCUUUCCCAAGUGAGAUCAACUUGAACGAUCUUUUUCGAUUCUCGUGAUUUCAUUCGAAAAGCAAGGAAAUAAAAAUUCAUCGACUGCGAUCUCUCUGUCUCCGUUUACCUAAAGAAAACAAAUAAAAAAAAAAAAAAAAAAGAAAGAAAAAGAGAAAAAAGAAAAAAAGAAAAGAAAAAAUUGUAUACAUGUAUAGAAAUUACGUGUAAACGCAUUCGAUCAGUUUUCCUUUAGAUUAUCUUAAAUAAAUCCAAAAUUAUCGUCAAUAUACGACGGAUAUGUCAUUGUAAAAAAUGGAUCAGUUGUUCGGACAAUUGAUUUGAUGGUUCUGAGCACGUAUAUAGUGCUGCAUACAUAUAAAUAUAUGAUAAAUAUCGGCUGAUUAUCGCGACACACGAUAAAACUGAAUGUGAAUUAUAAUAAUAUAAAUUGCUUCGUAUAUGUUGUAUAUAAACAGGUCUGAUGAUACAGAAGAUAUGGAUGGAAGAGUAAAGUUAAUUAUACAUGUGUAUAUGUAAUAUGUAUACGGGCCCCUACCCUCAGAAAGCCCGCUCUGUUGUAACAUAUUAAACCAAAGACAGUUGAACAUCAGAA